AUGCCGAUCUUGGACGAGAUGCUUCGAGAGCAGAACGAGGAGGGAGUGAAGUGGACGUGCUCGAAGGUGAUCAAGCGGCUCGGGCUGGAGAUUAAUCACGAGGAUUCCAUCUUUUAUUGGGCGGCGAAGAACGACAUCCCGUGCUACUGCCCGGCGCUCACCGACGGCUCCAUCGGGGACAUGCUGUAUUUCCACUCUUACAAGAACCCCGGACUCGUGAUUGAUGUCGUUGCUGACGUUCGUGCGAUGAACGACGAGUCUAUAAAGGUGAAACGUCCGAGAAAGACGGGCAUCAUCCUCCUCGGCGGUGGCGUUGCCAAGCACCACAUUUGCAACAGCAACCUGAUGCGAAACGGUGCCGAUUACGCCGUGUUCAUAAACACGGCGCAGGAGUUCGACGGCAGUGACUCCGGUGCGCGUCCUGACGAGGCCGUGUCCUGGGGUAAGAUCACGAUGGACGCCAAACCGGUCAAACUCUACGUCGACGCCACCAUCGCGUUUCCGCUCCUCGUCGCGCAGACGUUCAAGAAAAAUUUUCAACCGCGAGGGUGA